CAAAAUGUUUCACUUUUGGGUAAAUACAUUCUUCAUAGGACUGGAUGAAAAUUCAGACAAAGUAGAAAAUGGAAGUCUAGUUGCGGAUCAGGAACUUGAUGGUAUUUUCAGUACAGAGCGCUCAGAUAAUGAUAAGGAAUAUUUGAUCCUUACAUUAACAAAAAACGAUUUAGACAAAGCAAAUAAAGACAAAGCCAACAGAUAUUUCUCUCCAAACUUCAAGGUGAAGCUAUUUUUCACAAAAACAGUAGAAGAGCCAUCAAAUCCAGAGGCUAGCAGUUCAACUUCUGUAACACCAGAUGUUAGUGACAAUGAACCUGAUCAUUAUAGAUACUCUGACACCACUGACUCUGAUCCAGAGAAUGAACCUUUUGAUGAAGAUCAGCAUACGCAGAUUACAAAAGUCUGAAUAUUUUUUUUAUCGGAGAUAAAAAAACCCACACAAAAAAAACCCAACCACGAAGAGUGACAAACUUGAAUAAACUGAAAAAAGGACCUUUUUAAAUGGCGAAAGGACGUAGUGUCAGAUUACCAGUUAUAGGAACAAUUCUUUUCCUGACCAAUCUUGUUUUGCCCUAUAAAUCUACAGGGUUUGACACUUGUCCAGUUGGGAAAAAAAGAAAAAGGUUACGUAUCUCUGAUAUGUAUAUACCUUUUUGUGUCAAAAGGACAUUAAAACUUCGAUUAGGAACUAUAAACAUGGCACUUUCCCAUUUUAUUCCAGUUUUAUAAAAGUGGAGACAGACCUAAUGUGUAUACGUAGGAUUUUUUCCUUUUGUGUUCUGUCACCAAACGAAGUUUUGAAAAUAUACAGGUUCACAUCCUGCCCCUUUUUUUGCACUUGUGUGGCAACAGAAGAGUCUGCAGUUGGCUAAGAGAUGUUUCUAGAAGGUUUUAUUACAUUCUAAUGCAUGUAUUUUGGAUGGGGGAUGGAAAGUAAUGCUCAGAAAGGAAUGUAGUCCGCUGGAGCUUGGCCUGUGUACCAUAUCCAGCUAUUUACAUGCACCUUUCUUUAGCAUGUUACCGUAAUUCAUCCUGGACAAUGGAAGAGUCGCCGCUGUCACUGCUUGUUGUUUGUGCAUUUUAUUUUUUUAAGUGUAAUGGUGCUAGAAAAGGCAGCUAGAGGGAAUGAUUCUGUAUAGGGGUACAGGAAUGAACCUUCACAACAUCCUAAAGACCCACAAAUGAAGGGAGAAAAAUUAUUGGGGUCACAGAAAGGAAACACAGCAACAAUGACUUAACCAUACAAAUGUGGAGGCUAUCAACUAAAAUACGGGCUUGAAACAAAUUGUGAGAAAAUUUGACAAUGAUUUAAUAAUUUUUUUUUCUGAAUUGUAAUGGCUGCUCCAUCUCUUGUGUAAUCAAGGCCAGUGCUAAAAGUCAGAUGCUAUUAGUGCAUACAUCAGUCAACAUCAUCUUACGUUUAUAUUACUAGUUUUCCAAUCAU